AUGAAGUUCAGCGCACUUGCCAUUGCGACCUUCACGACGCUCGCCGCCGCCUAUCUCAUCCCGGAAGAGAGGAAGCAGGACCUCAUCUACUCGCCUGUCGGUGCUCCCCAUCAUCCCGAGCACAGAGACCCUGGCCUCGGGGAUUAUGGCGAGGGCAAAGGAAAGCAUCCCGAGGUGCUGCCUUCUGCUGAUGGCGACAACUUCAAGGUGAUCAAGAUAUAUCCGGACCAAUCCCAAAACCCCAACCCGGCGCCCAUCCAUCUGAAGCAUGAUUCUCGGCCGUACAAAUACGACCACAAGGGUGAUCACAAGCAUGAUCAUAAGCCCAGGUGCCCAUACGAGAAACACCACCCCAAGCACGAGCCCAAGCAUGAUCGGGAGCCCUGCCCGUACCAUAAGCACGAGCACAAACAUGAGAAUAAGCCAUGCCCAUAUCAGAAGCACGAGCACGAGCACAAGCCUGAUCAUAAACCCUGCCCAUAUCAUAAGCACGAGCACAAACAUGAUCAUAAGCCCUGCCCAUCCGAGAAGCACGACCACAAGCCGGAGUAUCAUAAGCCGGAGCCUCCCAAGCCGGAGCAGCCUAAGCCGGAGCAGCCUAAGCCUCAGGAUCAACCUAAACUCGAGGGAGAGUGCAGCCCGGGAACCUAUGCAUGCACAUUCAACCCUAAAUCCGGUGCUCCUGGCUGGAAGGUCUGCAACGCAAGUGGGAAGUGGGAGUUUGGAGGAGAUUGCCCCCCUAACACGGUAUGCAAGUUUUAUACGCCUAACAAAAGCCCGUACUGUGUUCCUAGGUACUAUGAGUUCCCAUAG